GGCGUUAAUCCGCAUUGCACUUACGUUCUGACCUUGCACCAUGUCCAACACCGGAAACGAGCAAGUCGUGCAAGAAACAGAGUUCGAUUUCUGGGACUUUGUCAACUGCUCCGUAUGUCAACUCCUGUUCACAUCAAGCGAUUGCGGACCACCCGUUCCGUUUUGGAUAACAGAAUGUGGCCAUGUUCUUUGCAAUAAUCAUCUCAAGCCAGAUCAGAGCUGUGCGCAAUGUAACGCCCAAAACAUCCAGUUGGUUCCCCUACAUCGAAAUCUGGAGCCCCCAAUGUCAGACUGGUUUAGACCUCUCCCUUACUCACUAGAUUCAAUAGCAAGCGCUGUGAAAUUUCAACAAGAGACAUUCGCUGGUCUCAUUCGCUACUACCGACAAGCUUGUCUACAUCUGGGCCAGACGUGCGGACGUAUUCGAGCGGAGCGAAAGGCUCUUAGAAAAGAAGUAGACAGUUUGCGGCGAGAAGUUGAACACCUACGCCAGUGCGCUUCUGGCUUAGACCCCGCCCAUUCCCGGGAACCUUCAUCUUUCUCUAACGCGAAUGGCAAGCGUCCGAUGACUGAUGUUCACGAUUUUAAGGCAAGCUCCAGCCCUAGGUCUAUUGUCACCCCAAUCGGACCAAAUCGAAUUACACUGCCGCUCGGGGAGCAACCAAAUUUCACCCGUCAAGAUCAUGGACGAAAUCCCAGUCAGAGCCAUCAACUGGAACGACCUGGCACGAGUCGUUUUGUGGAACAAUAUGCGUACAAUGGUGAACAGGGAUCACGCAUGCAAGCUCCUCAUCUCUCUCACGAACAAUCGGCUCCUACCCGGCAUCUGAGAUUGGCGUCUGGGGAACAAGGUCAACAUUCUAUGCCACCUCCACCCCCGCCAGUACCCGGGUCUCGAGGUCGCUUCAGACCUGCGAUGGGCUCGACGGAUACAAGAACCACGACGACGCUGAACCCGCAGACAGCUGGACCACAAGUGGCACAACAUCGGCCUCAGCAACGCUUAUUCGCGGUCCCACAGACUCCCAACCGCGCUAGCGGCAUACACUUCACUGGCCAGACAACCGACCAAAUGCGCUCAGUUCAGUCCAACCGUUUCCUACAAUCGUCUUCGCACGGACAUCCGAACUCUGGCACAGGUGCAGCAACCGUGACAUCCUCGAACGUCCCGGGGACCUCGUCUGGAAGACAUAGGAUGCCAUUCGUUUCAGGGAGUGCCAGUGGAUUUGGUUGACCUUGACUUUAUCAUACAAUCUUCUUGAUCGAAUAUGCAAUGAACUGUCCAUUCGUGUUUCUCAUGCAAAAUAACCCCAUCGCGUAAGUAGGCAAAUAACAGGUACAUUAAAAUAAUGCGGACUAGAACGUUCCCAUGGAAUCAUAUUCAUAUUCAUACCAAAAACGAAGUUUGAAUAACGUGACGGGGAAGUUUAGUUUAUACACAUCAAGGUCAU